UCCCGCGCUUGUUUGAGUGCGUCUACUAGAAUGGGUGAGGCGGACAGUCGCAAUUUUGACGCAAAUUUCGUGGUUUUUCUUUUGAUGCUGUUGCUGGCUCAUAGCCGCAGAGCAGUAGAACGAACCUCCAGAUCGGACCAGCUCGUUCCGGCUAUCCGGCGACGUCUUCCGGCAGCCACAGGGUCGGACCUAUUGAUUUCUGGUCUGUAUAAUGCCAUUUAAGUACAAAACAAAAGACGUUUCCACUCGCAAAAAACUUGAUAAGGAUGUUCUUAAAAAUGCACUAGAUGAACUAGCCAAAGGUACUUCGAAAAACUUCUGCAAAAUAUGAUAUUGAUCGGAGGACUUUGAGGCGCUACAAAAACAAUGAAAAUAAACUUGAAAAAAUAGAAAUUAAAGGCCAGUAUAAUACUUCAUAAAUAUUCACCAUACAAGAAGAUAAGCUUCUGGUUGAAUAUUUUUUAAAUUGCAGCAAAAUACACUAUGGACUUACUCGAAAACAAGGAAUGAAAUUAGCUUUUGAGUUUGCAGUUUCGAAAUCCAAAAAAAUUUCAGAAAGUUGUUCAAAAAAUAGUAUGGCAGGGAAGGAUUGGUUUCGCGGUUUUUUAUCAAGAAAUCCCGAAAUUAGUUUAAGAACUCCGGAGGCAACAAGCUUGUCACGAUCUACACGCUUCAAUCGGAAGAAUGUAAACGAUUUUUUUCAAAACUUAAGGAUUGUACGAGAAAAAUUUAAGUUUGAACUACAAAAUAUUUAUAACUGUGAUGAAGUAGGAUGUACUACAGUUCAGGAUUGUCCUAAGGUAUUGGCCAGUAAAAAAGCUAAGCAGGUUGGUCAAGUUACUUCAUCAGAGAGGGGCACUUUGGUGACAGUUUGUUUUGCAGUCAAUGCAAUUUGUGUUAUUCCACCCUUUUUUAUAUUCCCUCGUAUCAAAUAUCGAGAAGACUUCGUUUGUGAUGACCCAGAAGGUUCUAAUGGGGAUGCUUAUUCAACAGGAUGGAUGACUGCUGGAAGCUUUCUGAAGUUUAUGGAGCAUUUCAAAAAAUAUAGCAACGCGUCACCAGAAAAUCCUGUUUUGCUCAUAUUUGAUAACCAUGAAAGCCACGUGAGCAUUGAAAUUGUAAAAUUUGCUAAGGAAAAUGGGAUUGCGUUGUUAACGCUGCCUCCGCAUUGUAGUAACAAGAUGCAGCCAUUAGAUGUGACUGUCUAUUCCCCACUUAAAGUAGGAUACAAUGCUGCAUUAAGUAACUGGAUGAUAAGUAAUCCUGGAAAAACAGUAACAAUUUACAAUAUUCCCACAUUUAUUAAAUCAAUAAUGUCAGCAACUUUUAGCCAAGCAAAUAUCCUUAGUGGAUUUAGAAAGUGUGGGAUUCAACCGUUUAACCCUGACAUAUUUACUGCCGAAGAUUUCUUGUGCUCAGCUGUGACCGACAGAGACAAUUCUCACGGCGAAGUCCAACUAGAUUUUUCCGGAUGUCUGGCAGAAGAUUCGUUAGCAAUUCCAUCUACUUCUGGUGUUACAGCAACAGGAAUUAAGCAAACUCCCCCUAAUCAAAUCGCUGUAAAUUUGGAAAAUAUAAAUGAAAACGCACCCAACGAAAUUCCCUCAAGUUCUGCUAUUACAGAAGCAGAAAUCGUGCAAACUACACCUGAAAAGAUGGCUGUAAGUACGACAAAUAUAAGUAAGGACAUGCCUACAAAUAUAUUUGAUAAUACACCCAAAAAUACACCAUCUAAAGCUACAUCCUCUUCUCUCAUAACACCUGAGAUGAUAAGGCCAUUUCCAAAAGCUGGUCCCAGAAAGACAACAAGGCGUGGCCGUCAACCAGGAAAAACUAAAAUAUUAACCCAAAGUCCAGAGAAGGAUGAAAACUAUGAUAAUUUCCAACAUAAAUCACCAAUAGAAAAAACUAAACAAAAAAUAGAUAUCUUACGCUGAAAGUUCUGAUGAUGAUCAGUGGGCAGAACCUCCAGAUAAAGAUGACAACUGGUACUGUUACAUUUGUCAAACUGACGAUAUGCUUGGUAUGAGGCUUUAUAUUAUUUGUAAAAGAUAUGCCCAUGAAGUAUGCGUCGGGCUAACAAAAUCAGAUAUCGAACUGUUUAAGUGUCAUGAGUGUGAAUGAAAAUUAGGCUAAUAUCUUUGUUCAUAUUAGACUUUUUUUACUUUUAUUUUUCAUUCUUACUUUCAUACUUUUUUAAAAUUAUUUUUAUUUGUUUUUUGCAUUAAACUUAUGUUUAUUCUGAUUUCAAAGAUUUAGAUUUAGUUUCGUUCUUGAAUAAGUAAAGUUUUUUGUUUUAUUUUUUGAGUUUUUCGAAUACAAAAG